AUCAAAUUGUGCGGGACUUGAAAUCUAGGCCAGUCCUCAUAGUUGGAUUUGAAAUAAUACCUCAAAUGAGCAAAUCAGUACUUAAAGUAAGUUGAAUUAAUUUUGAUCCAGUCCUAAGGACUGGACCAAUGCACGUCAAUACUCAGCUAAAUUACCUAGCUCUUCUAUGUAGAACAAGAUUUUCCUUAUGUUCGUUUAUCCAACUAAACAGUUUUUGUAAAUCCAAACCAUGUAGAAGACUUUGCUUCAUAUUUUUAAAAUGGUGGUAUCUUCUUCCUUCGGUCAUAUAGAAUGCUCUUUCAUGGAGAAGUUCAUCUACAAUCUUUAACAAAUCAUUCUGUGAUGAUGUAGUGAUGUGCUUGCCAGAUCUUCUGUACACAGAAAGUUCAUGGUCAAACUGUUUCAUUAACUCGUUUGUUAUACCCAUAGAAUGUGCAAUUCUAUUUAGAGAUGUUUUAGAAGCAUUUGGACCAACAUUCUUGACAGCUGCCUUCAUCAUUCGGUUAUAGAACUCCAGCUGAAGAUCAAGUGGUAUGUUGCCACCAAGACCAUUUUUAGUCUUCACUGACCGGUUCCAAAUCAAUCGUUGAGCAGCUUGUGGACUUAGAAGAACAUUGAUUUGACACAACAGGUAUAAAGCCUCAAGAGAAUACUUUACAGUUGACUGCCCUUCUGCUCGAAGAUACAACAAAAAGAAUCGCCAGCAUCUCAUUAUGCGUUCACCAUCCCCUUCUGAUAUGGCGUCCCAAAAGUUCAGAAUGAGCAUGCCAUACUCCAGCAGUGCCUUUUGAUAGGAGAACAUGUCAUCCUGUUCUUCGUCAGAUAAAGUGGUAUCUACAACAACAGACUGUUCAAUGAUUUCCAAUAUUGGUGGAUUAUGGUUUGCCUCAUGAUCCUUCAUUCUCUUGCCAUACUUUGCAAAGGAUUUUUGACAACCCUCAUAUCGACACCGAUAUCUAUUGUUGUCAUCCAAUGACAAUGCCUUAGCUUUCUCGCAAAGAUUGAUGCUGUCCAAGCAUUCAAGAAUCCGCUCAUUCUUGCUUUCAUCAAUGACAAACAUGUCAACAACCUUGGCACAUACAAAUUCAAGAUAAUUCUUCUUAUCUUCUUUUGAGGACUCAUCCCCUGGAAAAGGUAUGCCUGGUUCUUCUUCUAAGUUAGCCAUGUUCAACACUUUCAACGUGGCAGCAAUGACACGAGCGUGGACCUCCAGAGUGAAGAACUGUCGACAAGGGUUGACUGCAGAGGACACGUCACUUUUCACAUUCCGUCUAUUGAUGAGUGUACGAUCGGCAUACAGUGUACAUUUGUCAUAACCAGAUGAUGCGCUGUAAAGGUUCUGAAACGCCAACUGUAAAAAGACAUAUAAUAAUAUAAAAUGCAGUGUCAUAAUAGCUUGUUGAUCUUUCGACUGUGUGAUUAUUAUGAUAACUGCACUCAGUCCCCCUAAACAUUGUCCACUAACAUCAGUCAAUUGACAACAUUCGCAGACAUUUAGAAGGCACUGCAUACAUUUUCUCCAGUAUUUAACAAAAAAAUUGAUUUAGUAUAUUAUACCUGUAAGAAUCUAUUUCCAGAAUGCCAGUCUGCAACCUCAGCAUGAAGGCCAGUGCACUGUUCCUUCUCUGUAAAUCCAUUUGCAAUAGACGCAUGACCAUUUACAAAUCUCUCCACAGUGAGCUGAUCCCCAACAAUCCCUUGUUCUCCAUACUUGCCAUCAGUCCCAUCUUCAUUCUGACCAUGAGGAACAUACUGGUGUAAUUCUUUGAUUACAUUGGUGAUGCCAUCAGCGUCAUUUUCGUUUUCAUAAAUUAGACCCAUGAAUGUCUAAAAAUUCGAUAUUUAAUAUUAUGUACAUGAUUAGACGUGAUUACAUAAGAAUAACAAAUAGUUUGAUUGCUAUUGCUACAGAAGGUACUUUGUCCCAUCUCUAAUAAUUGACUGACUGAACAGCAGAGGCAUAGGAAGCUUAGAAAAGUUGGGGGGGGCAGGCUUUGAGGGGCACUUUCCAAAAAAAGGGCAUCUCAAAAUUUUUUUGGCGACCCCCCCCCCCGUCGCCAAAAAAAUUUCGGUCAGUGUACCAUUUUAAGAGUUAGGGUUAACCAUAUUUCUUCUUAAAUACAAAAAAAUUUUCCGGACAAACCAAUAUAUGAUAUUUUUCCCGGAAAAAACAUAGAUUGAAGUUUUCACAAGUUUCGUUUGGACAAAAAAUGCACAUUUUAUGAAAAUUUUUCAGGCACAAAAAGGGCACUUUGCUCCUGGAAAAAGGGCACUUGCCAAAACUUGGGGGGGGGGGCAUGGCCCCCUGGUUCCUACGCCCCUGCUGAACAGCCUUCAGUUGAUGAGCUUUUUCCAAGCUUCUAAGCUCUAUCUAAUAAUUAACCCUUUCAGUGGCAAUGUGUCCCACUUUAUUAUUUUACUCUGUCUAACGCCAGACGAUUUACUUGUCAGGGAGAGAGUCUGAGUGCUGCCACUCAAUGGGUUAAUUUAUUAUAAUUAUGUACAGUAUGUCGUCAAAAGUAGCUAUGGUAACUGUACCGGAAGUAAAUGGUACGAUUUAGUUCUAGGAAGAGUAUAUGUAUCAUGUUUUCUUUUGUGAGCGACCUUUUUGAGAUUUGUGAGUAUUAAAACAUUAUUUUUGGUUUGUGAUUUAUGAUUUAUUGUGAUCGUGGGGGGACAUCGAACAACAUUCCCAACAAAUAUGUUAUAAAAUGUAUUAUUUUGUAUUGGUAUAUUUGGGACUAUAAAAUUUGAUUUUAUUUGAAGCUAAAGUUUCAUAUUAAAUACUUAAGGGUAAUAGGAUCAGGCUACCUUGAAAUUAGUAACAAGAACAAAAUUUUAGAUGACAUCAGGUCCUUUGAUUGGAACAUAAAGUUCUUGUGACAAUUUUAAUGUUGUUUGAUCCUAUUAUCCCUCAAGUAUAUUGUUCAUUGCUACCUACAAUGAAAUAUUGCUACCUACUGUACAAUGAAAUCCCAAGCUCAAAAUGGUGCAUAAAAUCUAACCAUUAUGCAGCAAAAAUGCAGUAACUGUUUUUCUCUUUCUCUAACUAAUGGAAUACAUCAAUACAAUCUUAGUCACCAAGGGUUAAUCUUGUGCAUUUAGCUUCUACAGAGAACUAAACAUGUAACAAUACAAGUAACCUAUACUAUAACUUACCCUAACAAUCCGAAGUGCAUUGUUGUUGUUAUCGCUACCAACACUGGCACAUACUGUUCAAGGUUAUUAUAACUAAAAAUGUACUCUGUCCAGUAAAUCUACUUACAGUAUUCGUCUUCUUUGCCAUUUGCGAACUGUAUUUGUGUGGUAUAUGAGAUGUGACAACAUCAGCCAAGAAUUUCAGACAUGGUAUAUUAGCCACAAGUAUUCGACCAACUAAAGUAAUGAAAUUCUUUCUCUGCAAUUGGUGGUCAUCAUCACUUGGUAUGAAUUUUCCAUUCUCAAGCUUCAUAAUUCCAUCUUCUUUCUUCUGGUCACUGAAGUCUACAGCUCCAAUUCUGUUCUCAGUUGACAUCACAGUGACAUGAUGAACAUCGAUGUUCUGAUGCUCUUCUGUCAUAUGGUGCACAUUUUGCCGGUAAUCAAAAUUGUCAAUUGUGAUUUUCCGCCCAUGGUCACAUGAUUGUUGGUCAUCAGACUCCACCACUUCAGGAUUCCUUUUCAGAAACAGGCAUUGAUUCUCAACAGCAUUUAAUAUUUCAUCACGAUACCCAGCUCCAUAUUCGUCCAGCUUUUUAUACAAAUAUGUAUGUGAUGUUGUUAUUCGUAAUGAGGCCAGUCGUGCAAGGGUUGCCUAAAUAAUUUAUAAUAUAUACAAUUUUGCACACUUAUUGGAUCAUUAAACUAUUCUAUUUUUCAUGUAGCUACAUCGCACAUCAAAGCUGCAUGCAAGCAUACUCUAUUCUUCACUACCUACAUUGGCACGUCACAGUCAAGAUUAUAAUUCAGAUAACGUUAACCAACUAAUCCACAAUUAUAUUUUGUUAUAAUAAAUCAGUUGUCAGUUGUAACUCCCAAUCUUAGGGAAAGCUGAAGACGCAGAAUUUUAAACCCCAAGGGCCAAGACCCCCCCCCCCACACACACUCAGGCAAACUGUGCUAAAUAAUAAUAAUAAUUAAUUAUAAUAAUAAUAAAGACUUUAUUUGAAUCAAUACACAUGACACUAAUAUUAGUAAUAACACCAAAAUAUUCUAAAAUAAUAUGUAUAGUAUUAAAAAUGAAAAUAGAUAUACACACCUGCCAUCCAGAGUGGUAGUUGAAUAUUGUAAUUAAUAAUUGUAGCGCAUUCAUAAAUCUUGACCUGUUUCUCAGGCAAACUGCUGCAGCCAUACCAACAGCAGGUGACCAAAAUGUUUCAAUAUUUAAGCCAUUCUUGUUUGCCCUGGAUCUACUUCGAGGGUUCACAGAAGCAGCAACUAACACGGAAAAUGUCAAUGGGGCUCUUUCCUUCAGUUCCUUGUUAAAAUGUUCGAUUGAAAAUUUCAACAUAUUUUCCUUGUUCGGGCUCCUUAGACAGCUUGGAUUUUUCCUUGAGCAAAGAUCAGAACAUUCUCGGUUUAUGUCAUUUAACAUUAACAGUUGGAGUUGUUUUUUGAUGCUUGUGUUCUUCCAUGCUGCGUUCGCUAUCUGUUUGUAUGUUCCUCGUACAAGCAUUUUUCCUAGCGACUCUAGAUCACCUGGCAACUUUCGUUCAGCAUUUUUACUGGGCCACUCAACUUUCACAUACACAUUCGUAGAUUUAGGGCCCUCUUCUGAGUUUUCUCUAUGCUUAAUUGGGGACACAGGCCAUUGUGGAGGUAUAUUAUCUGGACGUACAGGUGAACUGCAACGAGAACUGGAAGAUGGCCGCUCUAUCGUUUCUGUGCUUGUACUAGGCGAGCGUUCACCCUCAUUUCCACAAUGUAUUUUAAUACCAACACUGUCCAAACUGAUAUCACUUGUUCUUUUUAGCGAAGAGCUUGACGAACACGUUGAUUUAGUUUGAAUAGUGCGAUAAAACUCGUCGAUACACUCAAUUUGUGUGAUGAGGUUUCUUCGUUUCUUCAGCUUUUUAACACAUCCAGCGCAGAUAAAAGGACUCACUCUUUCUACUUUGAAAGAAAAACUUUCCAGUUCAGGAAUUACUUUGAAAGCUCCUUUACCUUCGACACGAUGCUUUUCAUUAAUUUUCACAAUAACAUUCAAACACAAUAUGCAAAUGUCCGACAUGUCAUCUACAUACUAUUCUUUCAUGCGCACAUGUUGCAUAAUUAUGAAAUCACAAUCUAAAUAAUUUUCCGCUGGCUCAUCCGAUGCAUAAUUUGCAUAUAUUAUAGAACACGUAACCUGGCACUAAUGCACAGACGCUACUUAGCGCCCCCAUUUCCGCCCACGAGCGUCUGUGACGCAGGCUAGUCUGGAUUUUAUGCGAAAGAUUUUACUCUAAAUGGGCAAAUUUCUUGUACGAAAGUGUUCAAUAUAUAAUGCAUCCUACACGUUUGGUGCUUGCUGAAGAACAGGGAGAUGUUAUGUCUUGAAGGUACAAAGAAAUAUGUGUAUUUGAAUAUAUCAAAAUAUUAUAAAUAAGUAUUUUAUAUUAUAUAUAAAGAAUUGUAUAGUAUGCUAUAUUAUAUGUUAUACUAUAUUUUACUAUUUUAUAUAAUAUAUUAUGGAUAUUUUACUUUGCAAAUCAUGUGUAAUAAUCCAUCUUUAUAUGUUCUCUAAUUAUAUUAUGUUAUUUAUGUCCUGGGAAGUGAUUCAGCCAAAAAAUACUGUCCAACCCACAUUUUCCCAAUUUUGGCCACGACACCUUGUUUGAUAAAUGUCGACAAACGUCCGGAUAACUUUGAAUUUUCAGAAAAAAAUUUUCGCAGUCAUGACUGCAGAGAAAACAUAUUAAAAUUCAUGAAAGCGCAGGCAAAUGGGAUAAUUUGUUCAGGAAUGACGGAUAAAUAUUUAUAGGGAUCAAAUAUCCGUGAGGUCGGCUCGUGGCAUCUUCGUAAUAUAACUCCUCAUAAACUCUUGCACUCUCCCGGGAUUUACUUCUCUUCCAUUGCGAUACGUCCAAGUAAUCUGCCUUGUCGAUAUCGUCGGGGAUGCCUUGAUUAAACUCGAUUCCAGACAUCGUUCUCAUCGUAUCAAAAUACGAGGGUUGCCAUUGAUCAUAACACCAAAUGAUACGUUGAGGAGGCGGACUUACAGUUUUCUGUGCAUUCUCCAAGAGAGAUUUCACCCAUACAGUCUUACCGCUUUGGGUACAUCCUGCAACGAUGCAUGUAAAUGGGUGUUGCAAAACUGCAGAUCUAUUAGUCGCCAUGCGAAUGUUGUCGGUUGGUUUUUGAUCAUGUACUUUUCGUUUUUGUCGAUGUAAAUUGAACGGUUUAGAGAAAUAUUUUCCACAGAUAUGGCAUGAAUGAGACAUGUUUACUCUAUGACGAAUUGUUAGAUAAUAAAUCUUUCAGAUAAAAACCGAGUUUAUAUUACACAAAGCCCAGCUAGUAUCUCGAAGCCAACUCCCUAGGCUUGGAGCCGAGCUCCAUAGGCUCCGAGCCGAGCCCCCUAGGCUCGCAGCCGAGCUCCCUAUAGGCUCGCAGCCGAGCUCCUUAGGCUCGGAGCCAGCUCCCUAGGCUCGGAGCCAGCUCCAUAGGCUUCGAGCUGAGGCUCCAUAGGCUCGGAACCGAGCUCCUUAGGCUCGGAGCAGAGCUCCUUAGGCUCGGAGCAGAGCUCCUUAGGCUCGGAGCAGAGCUCCUUAGGCUCGGAGCCGAGCUCCCUAUGCUCGGGGGCGAGCUCCUUAGGCUCGAGCUACCUAGGCUCGGCGCCGUGCUCCUUAAGCUCGGAACCGAGCUCCUUAGGCUCCGAACCAAGCUCCUUAGGCUUGGAACCGAGCUCCUUAGGCUCCAAGCAGAGGCUUCAUAGGCUCCUAGCCGAGCUCCAUAGGUUCGGAGCCAGCUCUUUAGGCUCCGAGCAGAGGCUUCAUAGGCUCCUAGCCGAGCUCCAUAGGUUCGGAGCCAGCUCUUUAGGCUCCGAGCAGAGGCUCCAUAGGCUCGGAGCCGGCUCCAUAGGCUCCGAGCCAGCUCCAUAUUUUCGGAGCCAAACUCCAUAGGCUCGAAGACGAGCUCUCAAUAACUCGGAGCCUAGUCUAAAAAGCUCGGAGCUUAGUCCAAAUUAGGCCUUUCCUGAUUGCGCUGAGCACUUUUUGAACACUUUUUUUAGUUUGGAGCACUAUUUUGCAUGUUGAGAAACCUUGAGCACUUCUUCACACUUUGGGUAUUGUUUCAGAAAUAUUUCACAUUUUGAGCGAAUUUCGAGCAACAAAAAGUCAGCGAUUAUAGAAUUCGACUCGUACCUCGAUUAACUAAACAUACAAUUCAGUAUCAGGUUUAAAAAUUGACGGGUAUUAUAUUAUUAUAUAUUCUAUAUAUAAUUUAGGUAAAACUCCAAAAGAAAGCCGUACAGCUGCAUAUGACAUUACGGUUAAAAAAUUAGAACGCUGACUUUUUCGCGUUCUCUUUUUUUGUCGUAAACAAUUCCACAUACGGAAGUUUGUUCCAUAUAGACGUGGAAACAGGUUUAAAAAAUGCUGAUUGUAAAAAAAUUAUGAAAAUCUUAGAGGUAACUGUUCACAAUUUUAGCACUUUUUGAGCACUUUUUAGCCAUUUUCGCCAGCACUUUUUUAGGAUUUUACCUGCGCAAUCGGGAAAGGCCUAGUCCAAAUAGUUUUUCACCUGCUUUCUCUUUCAACAUAAGCCUCCUUAUUGUUGUGUUUUACUCAUUUGCUUCCAAGCCGUCGAACAGAAAUGAUCAAUUUUCUAAAGAACAAGCCAUUUCUUGAACUACUGGGCACGUCUGAGCCUGAUCAACAACAAGCGCGACUGGAAACAGCAGCCGCCGAGCAAGUACACUGCCUGUGUCUCUGUGUAGAAAACGUUAUGAAAAGAAAAUAUUUAAUGCCGAAGUAUGUAAUGAAGAAACUCCGACCUUACAAACAUGAAAUGAUUAGGUUGGCAGAUAGAGGAAAAUGUGUAUGAAGAAAAAAACGGAUACUCGUUCAACGUGGUAACGGUUUCCUUGGACUAUUACUAAGUCCUAUUUUGGAAAGCCUGGCUGAACUUGUAUAAAAACCCUGUGACUACAUUUUAUACAUCAUUUCAACAAUGAACAUCGACGCUAAAACAUCUCCGCGACAUUGGCACAUUGAAGAUAUACUUCUGUAUCUGAACAAGAAUGUCAAAAAAACUACAGCUGAAAAAAUUCUACAUUCUAUCCUUAUAUCAAGCGAUAUUUUAACUUGGAAUUCUCAGGGGAAGAUUGUUUAUCAUGGAAGAGACAUUCCUGGUACUAACAUCGAGAACCUUUUACAAUACGCACUUUUACCAUACAAUUCUCACAUUCCUGAACCACGAUGCCUCGAUCUGUUUACAACGCCUAGUAGAAGCAGGGAUUAAUAAAGAUUUAAUUAAAAAUGAGUAUUUAUUGUCCAAAAUGGCAUAAUGAAACACAAUAAUAGGAAUUUCCUAUAGGUAACUUUGCAAGGGGUAAAAUUCAAGAUGGCAUCCUUAACCUGGAAGGCUCUAUUAUGGUCAAAAGGUGUUGAUAUAUUAAUGAUGUCAAAAACUGAUCAUUAUACGAAAGGCUGGCCAGAAAUGGCUAAACCUGAAUUUAGCAUGUCCUUACUGAGUGUUGUUGUAACUUUACUGCAACAUUUAAAGUUGAUUAAUGACAGAAAUAUAUUCUCUAUCUUGCCUUUCUAUGCAAAAUCAUGUAUCCUUUAUGAUCAUUGAUCCAGUUGUAGAACUUUUGUAUGUCAAAGUCAUGCAAUAAAUUUGGCUUGAAAUUAGAAUAGAAGCCAUAACUUCUGCCUGAUAUUUUGGUUAGAGCAUCUUGUGACACAAGUUCUCUGACAAUCUUCGUCAUGUCAGCCUUCUCUGACCUACGCAUAUGUUUACCAGAGCGCUUGUACAACAACAUUGAACUGUCAAAAUUUUCCGUUAGCUGUUUCAUUACACCCAUAGCAUGGCAAAUUCUGUUGAUGGACUUUGUACUGGCAUUAGGUCCUAGUUUUUUGACAACAUCUUUGAAAAUUCUGUUCAAAAACUCAAGGGCCAGAUCAAGAGAGAUAUUGCCACCCAACUUUUGUUUUCUUUUUGAAAAUUUGUUCCAAACUAGAUCAUGUGCAGCUUCUGGACUUAACAGUGCAUAUAUCUGGAACAUCAUGUAUAAUGCUUCUAGAGCAUACUUGUUGCUGCUUUGGCCAUCAUGGCGCAAAUAUAACAAAAGAAAUUUCCAAUUUCUGAUUACUCUAGCACCAUCUCCCUCAGAAAUUGCAUCAAAAAAAUUAAGAAUCACCAUACCAUACUCGAGCAGGGAUUUCUGGUAAUUGUACAUGUCAUCUGCUGUGACGUCUUCAUGGAUUUCAGUCAGCAGUGGUUGCUCUUCUAUGUUGACUGGUGUGGUGAAUUGUGAGACUGCUCGUGAGUAUGUCGCCAUUUCCCAUCGGACCUAAAUGUCUUGUUGCAACCAGGGAACCGACACUUAUAUCUGCCACUUGAUAUCAUAUCCUUCAGCCUUUGCAAUUGCUUUUCUUCUAGCUGGCUGGUGGCAAGGGCAAUCUUUUUGUGUUUGGCUUUAUCGAGAAUAUACUUGUCGACAAUUGUUGCUGCUAACUCCAGGUAUUCUUUCUUCUUAGCCUUGGUCCAACUCUCAAAUUGGUGCGGUACACACUGCGACAUGUCUUCUAGUUCUUCAAUGCCAAGCUCCUUCAUUCCAGCUGCAACAAUGCGUGCCUCUAGUUCUAGAAUGAAGAAGCGUCUACAAGGAUUAACUGCAGCAUCAACAUCACUCUUUACACUGCGACGGUUUAUUAAAUUUCUGUCGCUGUAUAAUGUGCACUUAUCUCCAGCUGAUGUUGGGUUGUAGAAGUGGGCAAACGAAAUCUACAAGAAAUCACUUUGCAAUUCUUAAGCAUAAAAGACUUUAGGCACCUGGGAAUUGAAAUCGAAUUGCUAAUAGAUCAUAUUACUGUUGUGCAUUAAAUGCAUGCAUAAAUUUUGCUUUAUGCACUCGCGUGUGCAGUAAUUUUGACAGUUGUGCUAUUUUAAUUUCCCAGGCGCCUAAAAUCUUUUGUCUUUAAAACAAUGUCGAUUUCCUGGGAAAUUCCGAGGUUGCGUUUUUUUUAUACGCCCUGUAGUUUCGAAAUCAUUGUGCGAUAUUUUUAAUUUAUCUAUACAAACAGCAGUAUUCCCUGAUGACUGGAAAUUAGCGAAAGUCUCCCCUAUAUACAAAGGUGACGCAAAAGAUAAUGUAUGGAAUUACAGACCAAUUUCGCUUUUAAGUGUGAUUUCUAAGGUUGUCGUGCGUAUUGUUUUUGAUCAGCUUUACACCUAUUUCAAUGAAAACAACCUGUUACACAAGAAUCAAUCAGCCUUUAGGAAGUGCUACUCUAAUAUGACUGCACUAAUAGAUGCCACUAUUGAACGGCUUGCAAAUAUGCAUGGAUCAGGGAAAGCUUAAUGCGGUUGUCUAUUUUGAUCUAGCGAAGGCAUUUGAUACAAUAAGUCACGAGAUAUUACUCGAGAAACUCCACAUUUACGCGGUUGAUACAAAUAGUUUAUCCCGGUUUCAAUCCUAUUUACAAGAUCGCAAACAAAAAUGUUAUGUGAAUGGCGUUCUAUCCGGCGAACGUACCAUUAAUUGUGGUGUGCCUCAAGGGUCAAUUCUUGGACCGUUAUUGUUUCUCAUAUACAUCAACGAUCUUCCUCAGUGUUUAAAACAUUCUACAGCUCGAAUAAUCACAUCAUCAGCUUCUAGCUAAAAUUGUAUAUAUAUUCGGCUUUCUUGUAAAGCAGUGCUAUGCACUGAAGAAUUUCCGAAUUCAAAUAAAUAUCUGUCUGUCUGUCUGUCUGUCUGUCUGUCUGUCUGUCUGUCUGUCUGUCUGUCUGUCUGUCUGUCUGUCUGUCUGUCUGUCUGUCUGUCUGUCUGUCUGUCUGUCUGUCUGUCUGUCUGUCUGUCUGUCUGUCUGUCUGUCUGUCUGUCUGUCUGUCUGUCUGGACGCAGUCAACCAAGUAGGCUCAGGUAUGCGUUGCAAAAAUAUUUUAUUUCCCGACAAAAUACCCCAAAACACUUCUGGUUUAUAUUAUCUGAAGUGAACCUCGGUAUAUGAACCACUCUGUGUUGGCAAAGUUCCCUUACAGUUCAACUGGAGGAUUUUCUUCUGGUAUAUCAACAUAGCUUUGCGGAGAGGGUAUAUCCAGAUUGAUCUUCGUUAAACUUGUGUCAGUCGUACCAAAGAUCUUCAUCACCAUCCCGUUCUUACGGCCACUUCCCAUGCCCGUCACAAGCUUCAAGCUCCCUUUCUUAGUUGCCAAAUCGUUCUUUAUGGGAAACCUCCAGUAAUAAUACUGUUGAUACCUACCUAUCUGCAUGUAGGGCACUUUUAGCUUUCUUUCGUUAGGUACAAUGCUCGGUGCUGAGAUUGCUAACUUUUCGUUUGCUUGCUUUUCGUCGUAAGGGUGUUCUAUAAUUGCAGCGGCAAUAUUUCUUAGCUCUUGUCGGACUUGGGGGUGCUCUUGUGCUGUUGCAUCAGGAUGCAGCAAUGACAAGGCGUAGGUAUUGAUCUUCUCUUCCGGGUUCAGUUUUCUUGGCCACCAAACAGCAAGAAGAACGCGAUAUCCGAAAUCUUUUAUUCGGAACGACAGGAGAAAAACGGAAUGUUUGAACAUUUCUCCUUCGCCCAAUGGUACAAGGAUUGUUAUUUCGUUUGACUGUGCUGGACCAAGGCUCCAGGGAAUAAUAUCUUGUACGUUGGCACCACUCCGGUACCAAAUUGGAUCUUCCAGAACAAAAGGAUCUUUUUGGGUUGAUAGAUUUUCCAGAGUCAACACCGUGCCUUGUUCUGCGGUGACGUAUCUAUAAGCAACCAUUGCUAACGCAGGCACCGCUCCAGCAACAAAACCACUUGCUACCGAAGAUAAGGUGAUUAUUUCACGUUUCCGCGCAUGCCCGCUCUCCAAGUCUUGAAUAUCGAAAAACAACCGUCCGUUUUUUCCUGUAGUCAUCUGGCAAAUAACAAGCACGCUUAAAAUUGAUGUAUCUUUCAAAGCAACGUACUCACCGAACUCUUUCACUGAUUGGAAUGAUGGUUUGGGUUUCUUGUAAAGGCCUUCAAAAUAUUGAGGUUCUGUAAUUGAACUGUCAAAUUUCAAUGAACUAAAAUUAGGUUCAAUGGUAAGCCCAUACGUAUUCUCCACUGCAUCGAAGUACAAACAGAUCAAUUUCAGUGUUGUAGGAUUCCCACUACCUGGGAAUAAUGUUCCGGGAAUCGGACACUCGUAGCACAGCACUCCUUUUGGUUUUUUAUUAAAGAAACUCAUUCGGGUAAAGCGUUCUUUUGGGUUAGCGGCAGCUCGAAUCUUCAAAGGAGGUGGACUGACGGUAUCCCCAUCUGCCAGAUACAACUUCGGAUUAACCAAAUCACGUUCAGACAAAUUGUUUGUGAUCGCAAUCGUAAGACCGGACUCUGCUCUCGUCAAAGCAUACUUGGCCACUAAGCUCGUGAAUGAUUUCGUACCGCUCACUACUGACUCGCUAGUGACUUUCUCCUGCGCAGCUGUAAUGAGACCGUUAAGGACUUCAGUUUUUUUCUGCGUUUUCGCCAUGGCUGUAUUGCGUAAGGCUGUAAACGAGGCGAACAGGAUGAAAAUUAGGGUAACGUUUGCCAUAUAUUUUGGAGGAGUUGUGUCGCCUUUGACCUACAAAUUAUGCGAUGUCUUAACUACACGUUCGACUGUGAGGAAAUGACAUUUGAACUUUUUUUUUCCUUUGAUUAAUUAUCAGAUCAUAGUGAUCACAUUGGCCACUUGCACGGGGACAUUAUUGGUAUGACAACUAUUGUUCACGUUGACGUUUACAACAAAGGCUGACCGGGUGGCCAGAGUGAAAUCACAAAUUGGCUUCUACUUUUUUUAUAUUAACAACAUUUUAAUGAAUUAAAUGUCGAAUAUCAAAAACGUCGAAUAUCAAUAUUAAAUAUCAAUAUUAAAUUAUAUAACAAAACAGUUUUAAAGAGAAAGACAAACAAAUAUAGCCUUUUAAAAAGGACACCAAAAAUGAUUAAAUGCAGCCACAUGGAAAACGACCCGAUUCAACUAUAAAACACUGAACACUUAGUGUACAAACUUUUAUUAAUAACAAAAGAAAAUCAGAAAUAUUUCCGUUGAGCAGCCACAUAAGUCGAAUUUUUGUGGAUGCAAUUAACCAAAUGGUGCCAAGCAAGAGAGCAACAGAGUUGAACAACUUAACGCGAAGAACAGCAUAUCGGUUACAGUCAAAAAAGAAGUGGGAAGUAGUCUCAUUUGGACACCCAUAUGUACAAGAAGGAAAGGAAACACACACUACUUUAAAAACAGAUCAUAAUUUAACGUACUGUUUGACAAUCUAAAACAGGUAUGAAAAAUAGCCGGUAAACGAUCACCGACGUAAUACAAACUACAAAGGAUUACAAAUUGAAGCAUCAAGGCGUCUUGUUACAUUAUUUUUCAAACAAUCAAGUGAAGGACUAGAACGAAAUAUUUUUAGGAACGAAAAAGGAACGAUUAGAUUAUCAUCACGUAAAUCAUAAUUUGCUCUAGAUUUUACAUAUUCGGGAGGUUCAAACAAAUAUAAAGGAAGUAAACUAAACUUUACCACCGGUACGAUGAUCAAAAUCAAACUACCGAAAUGUUGAAGAUGUUAAAUCAGAAGAAUAAGACUGUCGAGAAUGAGAUUGUCCAGAUAUACAGUUUGUCUUUAUGUUUGAGGCUCCGUUUCUCAACGGUUGGAACUAGGGACUGGCUUAUGCUGUAAUCAUGGAAAUAAUAUCUGUAGACUUUUUAUAAAACGUAUCGUGUCUUACUAUAUUGUAAAGUCAUAUUUUUUCUAUUCCUUAACAUUUUGCCAUUAAAAUAAUUAAAUAAUCUUCAGUGGGCUUCAAUUAUGGAUUACUGCAUACAGAUCAGAUGCGUGAUUUCUUAACUGAAUGAAGCAACAACAUAUAUUAUAUUGAUAUAUUGCGUGAUUUCUUAAAAAUGAAGCAACAUGCAACAUACUAUGUAUAUUAUUGAUAUAAGGAUCUUCCCGUUCCCGUUCCCGUGCACUACAGGGUGUAUAAAAAAAACUGAACAGAUUUGAAAGUGCUCUCCAUUUCCCAAAACAGCUAUUAGUAUCCAGUUUUUGAUAUAUAUAUAUAUAUAUAGCUUCUUUGGGUACUUAUAAGCGAGCAUGUCCAAUAUAGCCAUCGGUUGUCAGGUGGUGAAGAUGGUGUAAGAUGGUGUCAGAUGCUUUGUUUGUCAGACGCUUGUAGUGUGGUGUCGGAUGGUGUCGGAUGGUUCAGCUGAACAGUUGUUGUCAGGUGGUAAAUAUGGUGUAAGAUGGUGAAGAUGGUUUAAUGGGGGGGGAGUGUUAAUUUUUAACCUACUUGUGCACAUAUAGUGUUGCCUCGUUCUUUCCGCCACGUAUAUAUCAAUAAAACCUACCAGACCAACGACAAAAGCGUUAUGGCUAAUUGUGCGUAUAUAUAUAGUGUUGCCUCGUUCUUUCAAAGCUACGUAUAUAUCAAUAAAGCCUACCAGACCAACGACAAAAGCGUUAUGGCUAAUUGUGCAUAUAUAGUGUUGCCUCGUUCUUUCAAAACUACGUAGCUAUAUAUCUUUAAAACAUACAGGACCAACGACAAAAGCGUUAUGGCUAAUUGUCCAUUAUUAUAUAGUGUUGCCUCGUUCUUUAAAAAACACGCUUCGUAUGUAGUAAACUGCAGUAGCAAACGCGUCAACGCAUUACUAUACAAUCUUUGAUAACGUCAAAAAUUGUGUAUCUAUACGUUUCAUAUGUAUACAUGCUUAUAUUCGCUUUGACAUUUUAGGCAUUUCCGGGCAGGAAACUAUAAAUUAUAAUAUUUAUAACAUGCACUAGCGGGCUGUAACGCAGCCAUGCUAUGUCAAUGACAAGUACAUGCAUAAGCCAGCAGGGUUCUUGUUUUAAUCUUGUGCGCACUUUAUAUAACUGAAUGUAGCAAUUCAUUGCAUUAUUACCUUUUACUGCUUCAAAUUCGGCCGUAUAACUACAAUGACAAAUAGAAAACAGCAGGCAUCUCAGUCUAAAGUAAAACACUAGGAAGAUCAUGUGCGUAAUCUUUGCAGACUUUUCAAACGAAUUUAACUCCCAAUUACAAAAUGAAAAUUUCAAUAUACGGUACAACUGAUAUGUUUCAAACUCCUCGAAAAUAUAAUAUAUAAAAAUGUUUGAGCACGGAACUGAACAUAAUACAUGCAUGCAUAGACUGUAAUAAGAGCCUGCGGAGUGCGGUGCGGUGCCUACAGCGCUCAAUUAUGCGACGACUUAAAACUAUAAACAGAACAAAACGACAGUGGCGUAAGUUUGGACCAGGCCGCCCCUGGUACUACCGGGAUUGGGUGCCCCCAAGGCGGGGGAUCAUAGAUAUUUUGAAGAUGGAGCUCUGACAACAUGAACAUUUUUCUAGUCGUUUAGAAGCCAAUUUUAAUUGAUUUUUUAAACUGGAAAUAUAAAUAUAUGGCAAAAUAUAAAGAAAACAACUGUAAAAUAGCACUAUGCGGAAAUUGUUUUUGACAUAAAGAGUGAAGUGUGUGCCACUGUAAUUAUGCACAUGACAUCCUCAAUUAAAUGUAACAUUACAGUACAUCUUAAAUUUCUCGCACCUGGUCUUUUUUUUCAGGAAACUCAUCGAUCAUUUUGUCAACGGAAAGCUUUCUUGCUUCGUCUGCCUCUAUUGAGAUCAUGGCAAGCGCCAUGAUCUCGCCAGGCAAAUGAAAUGGCAAGCGCCAUUUUUAUUAUAAAAAAAUAAUUAUAAUAACAACUAAAAAACUGAAAAAUUAAGCAUGUGCGUCUCAUUGAAUACUUGCGUGUUAAUGUUUAUGGAAGUAAUAUUCACUAAAGCAUAAGCAAGAGUAUAUAAUAUUUACAAGACCAAGUGUAACUGUGGAAUCUGUUGAAUUACGCGCUGCUUAAGUACCGGCGUAUAAAUUCAAACGACCAACAUUCUUAAGACAUAGCCUACACUCCCACUGGCCUACAGCCAGAAUAUAUAAUAUUUCCAAGACCAAGUGGAAUCUGUUGAAUUACGCGCUGCUUUAGUACGCGUAUAAAUACAAAUGACAAAGCAUUCUUAAGACGUACAGGUAAAUUAUAUAACACAAGUUUUUGCUAUUGGAUUUCAUAUUAAGUCUAAUUAUACUUCUAGGCGCAUUUACCACAUUAUAUACACAGUAAUUAAAUUAAACUAAGGAACCAAAACUUUAUAAUAAUAUAGAACUAACAGUGUUCAGUGGCUAAAGUCCAUUGAGUGAAUUACAAGGCACAAAGUGCAGUCACGUUAUUUUAUGCACUAAAUUAUGGCUUUUGCAGGCCCUAAAACUUUAAUAAACCUUACGCUGAGAGCCUGAGUCAAAAUAAUUUACAAGUCGAAGCAAGCAAAACGAUAUCUUUCAAAUACGCCUCAAAUACUGUAUGUCGCACGUCGCUUAUAUUUUAUGUUCUGUGCAUAGCAAGGGCGCACGACGACAAUGCAAUGCGCUAAAUAAAAUUUAUUUAUUUACUUUGCCAUAAUACUUAUACAUUCACUGACUGGGAAACCACAACAGCUAUGCCAAUUACAGUGGCCCCACAUUACUUCAAAACCACCUCUCUGCAUAUAUUAGAAUGCUGCUUCGCUCGCUCGCUUCAACUUCUGGAGUCACGUUAUAUACCAACUGUGAUACAGAAAAUCUGAAUACGGCAAAAAUUCUUAAUAGCUUUACGAAACGAAAAUUAUAUAAACAAGGCCGCCGGACAACUCAGUUCAGGGUGCCCCCCUGGAAGCCAGAUUGCCUGGGUGCCCCCGGCUCUUACCGGGUAGAGCUCAUAGGAGUUACGCCACUGCAAAACGACGAAUAUAUUUUACUAUCGCAAGCGAGUAUAAUUACAUCAUUUUCUAAUUUACUUUAAAGGUUAAGAACUGUCAGAAAAGACAGCAAUACAAUAGCCUAUAUUAUACUCGUUUUCAAACCGUCAUAACUGCCCAUUUUGUAAUUUACGUCGUCAAGGACAAUUACAGGGCUCUAUAGAUGCGUAAAGGCUUCUAUGCUCAAUUGUACAAAGCAUCUAUAGGCCACGUAUAGACGUUUUUCGUAUAUACAUUUAGUAACGUUGUCCGCAAGGACAAUGUGCCAUUGACAUUGACUAAUUGAUUGUACAUGUUUAGCCGCCAGUGCUAAUAGCGACUAUUUUGAGUUAGUAACCAGAGCCACGAGGAUUCACAUCGAGUUAUGAUUCGAGUCACCGGAGGACUCGUUACAGAAUAGAUCGUUUUAUUGGGAUUGCUCCCAAAUAUAGCCAUGCAUUUUCGAUUCAGUUUUGGUGACUGGUGUUUUACAAUUAUAUAAUCAUUUAUGAAAUCGAUAUAUUAAAUUUCCUUAAAAUAUCCUGAAACCAUUGGCAAAUACAUUUAUAUUUUUUAUAUAAUUUUAAUUUUCAAACCACUGUAUGCAUGCAUGCAUCGUGGCCAUUGUGAACUUAAUAAUAUAACACUUGUCAAAAAUCGGUCUCCCAUACCCAGCUUGUUCGCAGGUGCGAGGUAUUCUCCCACCUAAAAAAGUUCCAUAGAAUUCCACUUCUCAUACAAUGUCAAAUUUACAAAUAACGCUAAGAUUAUCAGAUUAACAUCAUACAAAAAUAAUAAUAAUGAACUCUUUAUAUAUAAAAUCUAGUAACCUACUGACAUAAUAAUCUAGUAACCUACUGAGCUUCUCUUGAGUGUCAGCGCUGUUUUUCAAUAGCUGCCGGGAAUGUGAGUAUAGUCACAUAGUAACGGUACGACACUAACCCUCCAGCCAUUCAAAAACAGCAAUGACACUCGAGAGAAGCUCAGACUGAACUUCCACUCAUUGAGUGUGAGUGAGCUUUUAGAAUACGGGCGUAAGACUACUUUCAAAACCACGGCAACGGUAGAUAAAACGGUUACCAAAAUUCACCAAAAUUAUGCAGUAGGCUAUUCCAUGCUCUUUCCAAUGAUGUACCGCAAAUUGGGGCACAAUCACCAAUUUCAAAACGGCAAGGAUUAAUAAGGUGGUAAUUGAUUUUGUUUAUAGAAUUACAUUGUGCGAACAUCUAUAUUCCGCAAGAUCUGUAUUUUUAAUUGUUGUGAAACUCAACAUAUUGUGCAGUAUUUCAUGCUCUUUCUAAUGAAGUGAAGCAAAUUGGGGUACCAUCUCACCAACGUCCAUUAUAUUUGACAUUAAUGUAGCACAAUCGUUUAAAACUGGCUGUGUUAAGUGUCACUCGAUCGUGUCGUCCUUUGUCGAGAAUGGGGCAAUAAGCCCUGUAGGGAUCACCAAUCAUUAAUGACAAAGCUAGUAAAUAAAUAAAAUAUACAUAAAACGGAAAGGAUUAAUAAGGUGCUUAUUGCUUUAAUUUGUUUAUAGAAUUACACUCAUUUCUUUUGUUUAUAUAUUAAAUGUUAGACAAUAGUAUUACACUGUGCUAACAUCUAUAUUCAGCAAGCGUUUAUACAAAAUCGGCCUCCCUAAUUGUUUCGAAACUCAGCUGUAUGGUGCAGGAGUUUGCAUUGCUCAUGUUACUGCUAAUUUAAAGUAAAAAUACCUUAAAAGUAGCCAGAAAAGGGGUUCAAAUAAUCUACUUUUGAAUAAUUGAAUACAGUUGAAUGUGAGGUCCAAUCUAAGGCCGAAUCUGGGGCCCAAUCCGCGGCUACCUUCACAGUGCCAAAACGAUUGUUAUCGGUAAGCGAAGGCAUGGCUGUAAAUCUACAGUACUUACGAAGUUUUGGACAUUCAACCAGGGCGCUAUAAACCAAUAUAGCAUAAUUAAGACCCGAACACAAAAACGGAAGCCGUCUCAAAUUUCAACUCUUUGAUUUAUGAGAUAAAUGUCUCCCUUGGAUGCCUCAAAAUUUCUCCCAUACACUAGUCGUCUAUUCCCCUUACAUACAAUAGAGUUCAAACAUGACGCCCCUAUACAGUAAAUCUAUCCAACCGAAUUGGUGUUAUUACAGUAAGAAACUGUUGCUUGUAGAAAUAAAAGCCUACAAUGAAGACUUUUCUGUCAACGUCGCGCGAUAUGUCACAGCAAAAUUCAAUUUUUAUUACCUCGAACAUCUCUGUCAAAUGUGAUAUUUUGCCCAAUACUUUGAAUUACGUUUCCCACAUGAGAACCGCAUUGUGAGAUACUGUAUCAUAUAUAUUAUAUUUUUAUUUGUUAGUUGUUACCUCGAACUGUAUGACUGCAUGUCAAAUGCGUUUAAAUAUAUUUUGCCAAAUACGUACUUUGAAUUACCUUUCCCACAUGAGAACCGCAUUGUGAGAUAUCAUAUAUUCAUAUUAUAUUUUUAUUCACUACCUCCAACAUGUCUGCCAAAUGCGUUUUAAUAUAUUUUGCCAAAUACUUUAAAUUGCGUUUCCCACAUGAGAACCGCAACGUGAUCGAAAUAUCAUAUAUUCAUAUUAUAUUUUUAUUUAUUACGUCCAACAUGUCUGUCAAAUGUGUUUAAAUAUAUAUUUUGCCAAAUACUUUGAAUUACGUCCCACACGAGAACCGCAAUGUUAGAUAUAACAUAUUUUUUAUACACAUACCAUAGUUGGCUAAAGUGUAUGUAAGUAUAAAAUAUAGCAAUGUAAUAUCUAAUAUAAGCAUCCUACAGCGAAUGACACCCCGCGACCAUCAUACACCAUCUGUACCAUCUUCACCAUCUGACAGCUCUUCCCUGUAUAACCACCAUACACCAUCAUACACCAUCUGAAAACCAUCUGACACACUUCGACCAUCAUACACCAUCAUACACCAUCUGACAACCAUCUGACACACUUCGACCAUCAUACACCAUCUGUACCAUCUUCACCAUCUGACAACCCUUCGCUGUAUAACCACCAUACACCAUCAUACACCAUCUGACAACCAUCUGACACACUUCGACCAUCAUACACCAUCAUACACCAUCUGACAACCAUCUGACACACUUCGACCAUCAUACACCAUCUGUACCAUCUUCACCAUCUGACAACUCUUCCCUGUAUAAUCACCCUACACCAUCAUACACCAUCUGAAAACCAUCUGACACAUUUCGACUAUCAUACACCAUCAUACACCAUCUGACAACCAUCUGACACACUUCGACCAUCAUACACCAUCUGUACCAUCUUCACCAUCUGACAGCUCUUCCCUGUAUAACCACCCUACACCAUCAUACACCAUCUGAAAACCAUCUGACACACUUCGACCAUCAUACACCAUCAUACACCAUCUGACAACCAUCUGACACACUUCGACCAUCAUACACCAUCUGUACCAUCUUCACCAUCUGACAACCCUUCGCUGUAUAACCACCCUACACCAUCAUACACCAUCUGACAACCAUCUGACACACUUCGACCAUCAUACACCAUCAUACACCAUCUGACAACCAUCUGACACACUUCGACCAUCAUACACCAUCUGUACCAUCUUCACCAUCUGACAACCCUUCCCUGUAUAACCACCCUACACCAUCGUACACCAUCCGACAACCAUCUGACGCACUUCGACCAUCAUACACCAUCAUACACCAUCUGACAAACCAUCUGACACACUUCGACCAUCAUACACCAUCAUACACCAUCUGACAACCAUCUGACACACUUCAACCAUCAUACACCACCGUACACCAUCUUCACCAUCAGACAUCAGAUGCCUGUAUUGGACAUUACUCGCGAAACAUGGAACGAUAACCGUGCAGCCUUGUAAAAACAAAGUAGUUUCGCGUAUAAAAUAGUUUACUCAUAAAACAUUUUUGCAUGCUCUGAACGUAUUAACUGUUUCGCUAAUAUUUUAUGAAAUUACGAAAUGAUAGUUCAUUAUUCGUCGGGUUUCGUUUUUCUUCAAUCUAAACGAUGUGUUUUCAUGUUUUUGAAACAAAAAUAUUUAGUUGUCGAUAAAGUGUAAAUCGCCUAAAUAAUCGUCGAAAAGUCGAAAACAUAAGGUUUCAAAAGCGUUGCCUCAAGCUCAAGCAACGUAUAGAAAAAUAUAAAAAGUAGUUGUGUAAGUUUAAAAAGAAUAUUGAACUCCAUUUAUAUUAUAAACCAGCUGAAAUAUAUUUUUUUAAAACAUACCUAUUGAGUUUGAGUUUGUCUUGAUCUUUCGUGUUUUGUUUUGGCUUGCACAACAACGUUGAAAAUGUAUUUUCAAACGACGAUUUCUGUAUAUAUUCUGUUCAGAACUAUUGCUUUUCGUAAAAAACCACACGGGAAUGGGUUUUUCUCCUUUAAAAAUAUAUUUUUCCACUUCAAGUCUCGAUAUAAUUGUUUUUUGCAAACUUUGUUGAAAAAAAAAAACAAUUCGCACUCCCGCCAACCGCGCGAAAUUCCCCGCCACAUGAGUCUGAGACUAGCCAUAAUGCCCCUAUAAAUCCGCCUUUUUGUGGAGACAAAAUAUUUACUGAGAAAAGAUACGAGCACGCAUUCUAUGUCUAUUAUUUCUAUGGAUAUUUAGCAUAUAUUAUAUUAUGAAAUGUUGUGGAAGAACCAUGUGGAAGCACCAUGUAAAUAUAAGUCAUUGAACUAAAAAUACCUGGAACGCUACCUCCAAUAGGAUUGGCUUAUGAUUGGAUGAAGCCAAAUUUUACCACCAGCCGCGCGUGUUCUACCUCCAGACACGCGCGUUUGUGUUGCGAGACAUUCUCGCAGACGAUUUCGGCGAAGUGAGGCAUGCAUACAUCAAUGUUUUUUCGGGCGAAUGGAUCGUAAAUUGUCGUUUAUUUGGGGUUUUAAGCGAUAUUUUUGUAUUAAAAGUGUAUUUAAAACAUAUCUUGAACCCUACCGACUAAAACUGCAAGGAAGAAAGUAACCGAUUAGAGACAACAAGUGCAUAUUUGAAUGACUAGAACGUUUAUAGAUGAAACUUGAGAAAGAUAAGUAAUUCUUUAUUUUAACGUAUUAAACAUAUAUUUAUAACAACUUCAUUGACUGUUAAACAAGAUAAGUUUAUUUAGUCUGUAUCUAUCACUUUGUUUUCCUUCGUUGACCACUUUUUCUGUGUAUUUCUUUCCGAAUAUGAAUAAUCGCAACAUGAAAUACUUGUCCGCGAAAAAAAACUUCAAUGUUUAUAUUUGUUAUUUUGUACUUUUAAAACUUAAUAAAUACUCUACUACAAAACAUAAUUAAACUGUGGAUGGUAGUUUGAUUUUGUUAGAAUACCUUUUUCCUAACUUUCAGAAGAAUUAAAUUCGAAAACGAAUGAGCAAAAUAGGGAAAUUCACACAAAUAUUUAUGAUUAGACCACGGCAAGCUCCACUCCUCGCUUAACGUUUUUCCUCAAAAAAAGAAAAUUUAAUUACGAAUUCUACACAAAUAAAUUAAAAAUAUUUUACUCUAGAGUUUUGAAGGAUGUUUUUAUUGUAAAAAAUGUACUGGUAGGUGCAUUUUACGUCGUUUUAAACGAUGUUUUAGUGCAUUUUUUUACCCAGUUUUGACAAUUUAAAAAAACCGCGUUUUUCCAUUACGUGAAAAGACUGGGCAUGACAACAGUGGGCAUGCCUGGGCAUUGCUUCACAUUUCCGGUUGGAGGUAUCGUUCCAGUUAUUUUUAGUUCCAUGAUAUAAGCAAUGGCAGGCGGCCAUUUUGUAUUCUAAAAUAUAUACUUGGUUAGUGUGGUUGUAAUCGGUUGUCUUGUGGUUCAAUCCGUCUUUGUUAGAUUCUACAAUUGGCGACAAGGAUGUCUUAAAGAGUUGAACUAUAGUUUUAAACGAAAAUAAGUUCAAAAGAGUUUGAUAUCGGAGGAUUUUGACCGUUUGAUGUGAACAGUGAUCCGAACAGUGUUGGGUGUGAAUGAAAAAGAUGGCUUCGCAGUUUUCAGUUAUAUGCUGACGGUAAAGGGCUUGUUAUUCAGGCCGGAAAAGACGACAAUAAGGCACAGCGACGAGCACUUCUACUUCAUUGUGCUGGAUUGGAUGUCCAGGAUAUUUUCGAUGUUUUGCCUGAGACGGGGUUCGCAAAAGAAUACGAGAAGGCCAAAGAAGCUUUAAUCAGACAUUUUGUCACACAAGUCAAUGUUCCGUAAGAGCGACACAUGUUCAGAGAAAUGGCACAUUGCGACGUAAAGCUCAGCAGUGUGAUUAUGGAGAUCAGGUGGAGUCACACAUCAGGGAUCAAAUUAUUUCCAGGUGUCGGUCGAAUGAUCUGCGCAGGAAGUUUCUGGAGAAGGGUCAGACGCUUAACCUUAGACAAUUACAAGAAAUAGCAAGAACGUCUGAAGCUGUGAAACGACAAGCAAAGAGUACGAGUGUUCAUAAUGAUGGAGUGAACCGAGUUUCUGAAAGGCCUGGUCGACAAGACAGACGUGAAAAUAAAGGUGAGAAAGGUGGAAAAGUUAAGAAGAGUGGUGAAUGAUUUCGAUGGGGAAAACCAGGACAUUUUUCCGGAGAUCCCAGAUGCCCUGCAAAAGGAAUGAUCCAAGUGUCACCAGAAAUGUCAUUUUGCUGUGGUAUAAAACCAAAUGUAAAUAUCAUGGCAGACCAAGAGUGAGUUUUGUCGAUGAAGAAGAUGAAUAUGCCUUUACUGUUAAAGAAACAUUGGACACAGGGAAAGUGACAGUGUGCGUUGGAGGUGUUCAAUUGGAAAUGGUCAUUGAUUCCGGAGCGAGUACGAAUGUCAUUGACAAACAUCUGUGGGAAGAUUUAAAGAAAAAAAACACAUUAAAUGCACUUCGAGGAAAACCACAAAGAAACUGUAUGCCUAUGGAUCAACAACUCCCCUUACAGUAAUAGGAACAUUCACAGCAGAUGUAAAUAUAGCUGAUAGACACGUGACAACAGAAUUCACAGUUAUCGAAGGAAAGGGGGAGCCGUUGUUGGGAAGAAAGACAUCAACCGAGCUUGGAGUCCUAAAGUUACAAAUUCCAAAACAGUUUGUGAACAGUGUGACUGAUCGUGUUGCGAGACAUAAAGUUUUCUUCCAAGGCAUUGCGAAACUGAAAGAGUAUCAAAUGAAGCUGCAUAUUGAUCCGCAGGUUCAACCAGUUGCACAGUCUGUUGGGCGGACUGCAUUCAGCUUGAGAGGAAAGAUCGAGGAAAAACUUGACGAGUUCCAGUUGUGGUGGUGCCAAAGACGAAUGGUGAGGUCCGGUUAUGUGUGGAUAUGCGGUGUGCCAACAAAGCGAUUAUAAGGGAGAGACAACACGAUUCCAACUGAAAUACUCCAAGAUAUGCAAGAGGGAGGUGUUUUCAGCAAGCUAGAUCUCAAGUGGGAGUACCACCAGAUAGAAUUAAGUGAAGAAUCCAGAAGCAUCACAACUUUCGUGACGCACAAGGGCUUGUUCAGAUACAAGAGGUUGAUGUUCGAUAUAAGUUCAGCGCCAGAGAAGUAUCAGCAGGUGAUUCAACAAGUGUUGUAGGAUUGCAGUGGGACAGCCAACAUCUCGGACGACAUCAUAAUUUAUGGUUCUGAUCAAGCUGAACAUGACAUGCGACUAGAAAAAGUGCUGACAAGACUCGAGGAAAGAGGUUUAACCUUAAACAAAGAGAAAUGCGUUUUCGAUAUGCCGAAGCUUACUUUCAUGGGCUUACUCCUGUCAAACCGUGGUAUUGGUCCUACAGAGAGCCGCAGAAUGUAACAGAAGUGAAGAGUUUCUUGGGCUUGGUGAAUUUCAAUGCAAGAUUUAUUCCAGAUAUCGCAACUGUUGCAGAGCCAAUGAGACGAUUGACGAAGCGAGGAGUACCAUUUGUUUCUGGUCCUGAGCAGCAAGAAUCGUUUAGAGAACUGAAACGUAGGCUUUCACAAGCGGAAACCUUGAGUUAUUUUGGAAUAAUAUGUAAAUAUAUCUUGGUGAAUAUGGUGAAAACGUUUGUGCCAGAUUCAUGUGCGCACUAGGGCCUAAGGAAAGGCGGUAUGCGUGUAUAAGUAAUUGAAGCCGCCGCACUUUUUAUACUGCUCGGAUCUAUAACGACGCCAAAUAAGUUUCGACGUUUCGAUAUGGAAUUAUCAUGCCAUACUUUGAACAUAAACAAAAUCUAGGUUGAAUAUUAUUCACGCUAUUCUCUAACAGAAAUUAUUCACGCUAUGCAUUACAGAAAAUUAACUUAUUACUUGCUUGGUUUCACACUGCGUUAUUAAGCAACUGAAGAUGGAUUGAUGACAUCUUAUAGCGGAAAUUAAUAAUGCGAUUAGCGUUGCUCGCUUCCUGAAGUUGCAAACUCAAAUCCCGCUGUUUUUCAAAACGGCGGCGAGUAAUUAAUUAACGCACAAAUUCAUGCUAAAAUUGGCUUGCGUUUUUAGACGCACUGUAUAUCAGGUAAUAUUUAUACACAAAUAUUCCCAAUCCGAUGACACAAUUGCUUUGUCGGCACAGCGCUGUUAAAUUAACAUUGCCUUUACCUAACUGCUGAAGUUUAGCAUGUAAUAAGGCAUCCCUCAAUUCCUUCUAUUCAUAACCACCCUUAAUUAGCCGCGGCCUUAGAAAAAAUUAUGCCUGCAAAAACUUUUCGCGCGUGGAAAUUUUUCAUCAAUACUUGCUUUUUAAAAUUUUUUCACGUUGUCUGUUCAUAUAAUUACACGCAAUCAUUAGAUAAAUGUGCAUAAAACCAAGUGUAAACUGGAUGUUAUAUACUGCACAUUUGAAUGCUAUACCUAUCAAGUAUCUUUUUGGCAGACGGCAGGUGCCAAACGGAAUCAUCCAGCAUUAUAAUGUCAUUGUCAUUGACAUAAUAUUGUCAUUUAAUACUUUGGUAUACGCUUUUUUUGCCUUAUAACAUGGUCUCAUUCACAAACGCCACUAUUGUUCUGUCCGUAGUUUUAGCACACAGCCACACGUCAGUUAUUCCACAACGGGAAAACCACUUCUAAUCAUCUAUAAUCUGACAAGAAGAAUAUAUUUUCGACAUGGAAAACCGUAUACGACGCCAUCAUGUAUUUAAUUAUUGCCUUGAGCGAGUGAAAGAUUGGGCACGAAAAGUACGGUCCGUAAAACCAUUUCACAGUUUGUACGGACCGUACGAUCCGUACGGAUCGACAAACUUUUCUGCCCUGACUUGAACACAACAUCACCCAUUGACGCUUUUUACGGAUCGACAAAGUAGGUUCACGGUCCGUAAAUCAUUUUCACGAACCGUACGGAUCGUACGGUCCGUAAAGCCAUUUCACAGUUCGUACGGACCGUACGAUCCGCACGGAUCGACAAACUUUUAUGCCCUGACUUAAACACGACAUCGCUAUCGACAAAGUAGGUUCACGAUCCGUAAACUCAUUUUCACGAACCGUACGGAUCGUACGGUCCGCAAAGCCAUUUCACAGUUCGUACGAACCGUACGAUCCGUACGGAUCGACAAACUUUUAUGCCCUGACUUAAACACGACAUCGCUAUCGACAAAGUAGGUUCACGAUCCGUAAACUCAUUUUCACGAACCGUACGGUUCGUACACGGUCCGUAAAGCCAUUUUACAGUUCGUACGGACCGUACGGAUUGUGUUCAAUGUUUUACCAUCUUUACGAUCCGUAUACGUUCGACAGUAUUGGACAACCAUCUAAUUUCAAGAUAUUGGUUGGUUCAGAUGCCAAAAUCUGAGCAGGACACAUUGUGGCUUCAUAUCUUGUGUGGUGAUCACAUCUGCCAUAUUUUAUUAAGUUAUAUAUUUCGCCAUUCCCACUUGCUUUUCUUUUCUUUUGUGAACUCUAUUUUGUAACACUUUUUUGUAACUCUUUUCUUUCCUUUUGUAACUCUUUGUAAGUUUCAUUGUUUUUGAUUCCAUAAUCUGAAGAAAUAAUAACAUGGAUAGGACGCAAUAAGAUCGGGAUACCAGUAGUAUAUACGUAUGCAGUGAAAUAGUGGCCGGGCUACAUGAUAUGAUAUUACUAGUAUUAGUUGGCGGGUAUUCUGCAAUACAUCCUCUCUUCAAUUGGGAAGAUAUAUAGUUUUAGCUCGCAAUAACAAUUCUUGAGUGUUCACAGAACCAGAAAAAAACAACAAGUUUGUAGAUUUACUAUGGCACCGCAAAGCAAAUCGUCCAUCUUUUUACACGUGGUUGAAGAAGAACAACGUGGAGUGAUAGAUAUAUGGUGUACGCAGGGUACGAAGCGAUCAAUCGAUAACGCGCGAAGACCUGGACGCGGAUCAAUGAUGCGUCCGGCUAUCAAUGAGGCCUGCCAAGGGGUCACGACCGACAGGCAACAUUCCUUAAAAAGAGGCGACAGACUAUCUAAAAAAGAGCGACAAACAACAACUUCUGACUAGGAAAAAGCGACAAAUUGCGAUUUGUGUUAUGGGUCAAAAGUGACAGCGACAUUUAUUACAAUAAAACAAGCGGCAAAGCAGCUACAAAAUGAGUGACAAGCGAGCUGGGUUACACCCUUGGUGGGACGAUGAGGAGUCAGACUGUCUAAUGAGGGGUCAGACUGUCUAAGAGUCGAUCAAUGAGGAGUCAGACUGUCUAAGGAAAAAAAUUACAUCGCCGAAUGUGUGAGCAGAGUAUCGCAGGCCAAGUUCAUUAGUGGGGUUAAAGCUCGGGGCAUGUCCCCAGGAAUUUUUUUUAAUUUGGGUCUCUGAAAUAGCAUUUCCUGCAUUCUGAGAACACAUUUUUAAAAAAAUCUCGAGCUUCUCAAAACAAAGUUUUAAUGCCGAAAUUUUUGAUAAAUUGCAUGCUAAACAUUCAAACACAACAUAAGUUUAAGUAUGCUCACCAACAAAUUUUGUUUUUAAACUUGUUUUCAACGUUAAACUAAUUUACUCAAUACAGGUCCUAGGGCCCUGGCUUUGGGGCAAUAGGCCAUAUUUUUUUCUUCAGUAGUGGGGCAGAGGGAGGGGCCUAGUGGGGAAAAUGCCCCACCAGUUCAUGGUAUUAAAAAAUGCCUUGAAUACUAGUGAAUUGAUUACAGUAACAAAUAUCUCUUUCUUGAAAACAUACUUAAUAUAACUUAUUUAAAAUUAAGAAAUUUUGCUAGACAUUGACAACUGGAAUCUGGGAUCGUUUCUGAUUGGCUACUUUAUAACUAUUCCAUAAAUUAGAAAUAAAAAUGAAAGAACUAAAUUAUUUUACAAUAUUAUAAUAUAUGUACAGCUGAAAACACAGCGACCAAUUCAGCUGGAUAGUGUGUUUCACAUCCGGGGCAGCAAAGCUAUCUGAAAGGUGCGAGGAAAAACUACAUUAGCAUAUAUACUUUACAUAAUAUUGCGAGAGCACUCUUGGGCCCAUAUUUUCGCCACAUUCUGGGGCCUAGCCUAGCGGAUAGUUUCUUGGAAUCCUGACGGAGCCAGACUGUCCUUAUUUGAUGCAUGACACUAUAUUGUAAUAGUUCUUAAUAUUCUUGCUUCAUAUCAACUACUCACUGUUUGAUAGGCUUGGAAUGACUAGGUGGAUUUUAGUGUAUUUAGUAAAAUUCACUCUAGAUUUCAUGCAGACAGUAUGAUAAGUAACCUUAUGAUUUCAUGAACCAAUAACUUUAUUAGCGAUACGGUCAGUUAGAAUUAACUGCAAAAUUGUAUUAAAAUUGAUAACAACCUUCAUAGCUACUGGACGUCAAUUCCGCCAUCUUGGGUUCUGCACUUUUCUUAUGGGCUGAAUGACUCAAGCUCGUGUUCCAGUUAUACACAGAGCUCACGAACUGGUAUGUACAGUAUUGUAUGUUGUAUUUUUAGGAUCCCGAACACCCAAGAAAUCUUAUUCCUGAGCUGUUGCGUCAGUUUUAUCACAUGGAUUGGGUUACUGGCACCGGAGGAGGGAUCAGCAUCAAACAUGGGUAUAUUAAUUCAUUUUGAAUGCCACACUUAUAUUUAAAUUUGUACUAGUACUAAUUUUCGCAUCGAAUAUUCGAUACGAAGCUGUGAAGUAAAUUAUAAUUUAUAUAUUGAAUUAGGUUAACUCAUUCGUUGACUUAUAAUUAGGUUAAUUAAUUAUUAAUUUUAUUGUUUUUCUUUUUUAAUUCGCCAAAGUUUUUCUUUUUUAAUUCGCCUUGUAGAAACCAUAAGGCUUUUAUUUAUCAGUUCCAAAGCCCAAACUAUUUCGGGUGAAGGUUAAUCACUUUAUAGAUGUGCUCAUAAGGAGAGCAUCUCUUAAAAACACUCUUGGGAACAUCGCUAGAAAUCGCGGACAUUUGAAUCCCGGGCGAAACAUUCCUUACGUCAAUGCCCCCUAUUACCCCUUUACUAAAAGGAUUACCAAAUGUAAACAAACAAAAAUAGAAGAAACGAGCUUUCGAAUGAUAUAUUUUGGGUCAUUAUUGCCUGAAAUAUUGUAACCUGCUGAUUGUGCCUAAUAAACGAAUAUUCGAUUUUAUGCAAACUUGGAAUGAAACAAAUAAUCAUUGACACCACAGAUUAAGGUGUGCGAACAAUUAUUUCGGUUAUAUCUGCACAUUAUUUUAAUUUUACCGUACAUUCUUAAGUUCAUCGAUCAUUAAGCCGUAGUAUGACUUUAUAAAAGAUGGAUUAUUGUCGUCUCGGUAAAUUAUUUACAAAUCCUGCCCGUGCAAAUUAUUUUACUGCCUUUUUGCCCAGUUUUAAGUAUCGUAAAUAAUCAUUAUUUAUGAUUUUAUUGUUGGUUUAGUUUUCUUUCUUAUUUCCUUGAUUAGUUCACGGAAUUUUGUUUCCACACUGUACAAUUUUAGUUUGGUUCUUAAAAGACAUUUUAUGUAAAAAUUUGAUAAGUAUAGGUGUUGGUUGAAAUGGUGUUUGUAGCUUCCCCCUUUUUUGGUACCUUAACACAGCAUUUGCUUCCUCAAUAUAUAUGUGAUCUUCUUUGAUUUGGAAUAUCUUUUAUCAUCUGCAUGCGAACUGCGUUUCGUUUUCAGCUUCUUCUUGUGAUACUUGCAAGUCAUUUUUUUUUCUGCAAUUCCAGCUUGGAUUUUCGCUGUUUCCUUAUUGCUGGGUACUUCUGGUAAUUUUUUCUGUCGUUGAAACAUAGCAUCAAUUCAUAGUAUAUGGGUUCCUGCAUUUAGAUAUUUCCUCCUUCUGAUGGAUGUGUAAGAGUAGAUGAGUUAUGAAUGUUCUGAGUAUAUGUACCUUCAACUGAACUUUCAUAAAAAACGAAACUUUUUUUCAUUGUAGAAAUGAGAUCUUUAUUGCACCCUCUGGAGUUCACAAGGAGAGAGUGAAGGUAUGUUCAAACAGCUAAGAAAACCAUAUUUUUUCCCCAUUACACAUUAGGUGCUAUGACAGUUGUCAGGAACUGGUCAUACAUCAAGAUUUACGCUUAGUACCGACUUACAUAAUUGUAAAAUGUCACGUUUAAAAUAUUGCUGAGAGUUGUAUUUCGGAAACCAUAAUUUAAAAAACAUGCAAAAUUCCACCUUCCUUCUAUAAUAUCCCUUAAAUUAAAUUAAUAUACUCACAACGUGAAAAUGUUUGCAAUAAUAUCCCUUAAAUUGAAAAUGUCUGUUGUAAUAUCCCUUAACGUGAUAAUAUCUCUUAAAUUAAAAUAUAUUCACAACGUGAAAAUGUCUGUGUUCCACAUAUAAAAUAAUAAUUAAUUUACUGUUGUAUGAAUAUCUCGAGGUUAAAGCUCGACAACUAUAUCCGUAGCUCAUGAUUAAUCGACUAGAGUACUCCAUGGCGGCUGGUUCUAUUCCUACCACAGGGCCCAUGCAUGGUUGGAUUUUUCGCAGCUGAUCCUGGUUAGGUCCAAGAAUGCAUUAAAUUUACACUCAAAGUUUUCAUCUACAAGACUUUCUAACAUGAGGAAUGCACGACCAUGUACUAAAUAUUAAGAGGCAGUCCGUGUAAAAACCGACCACUCGAAUUUCUUAAGAUUACAGAUUUCCUUCAAACUUUCUGUGUGGAAGAAGUCAUUCAUAAAAUGAACAAAAAACGUUGACUUGGAAAUUGUAGUCAGUUUUAAAAAUUUUUUCGCAAUUAUUUUCGGACACGUUCGAAAACAAGUUAAAACGUUAAUUACGCAAGUGAUAUUUGAGCUUUUUUAUAUCUCACAGUUCAUCUCGCGCUUUUAUUCUAACUUCUUGCAACUUACAUAUUUUAUUAUUGCCUGCCUAGGCAUAAACCUAAACUAAAAUUAUCCUGAUCACUUGAAGCAAACAAAAUAUUGUGUAUUUUUAAAAACGUCUUUCAAACAGCGGAUUAAAUAUUCGUGUUAGUAUGCUGGCGGUAAAUUAUUUUUUCUCAAAAGUGCAACGGUAUCAAGUAUCCAAUCUAUUGCAGCUACUGAGUAUUAUUACACAUCUACUAGAAUAAAUAAUAAAAUCUUUGGGCAGUGUGUUUUUCACUUGACAAGCGCGUCAUGAAUAUAGUCAAUUUUCGCUAAUUCGACUAAUUAUAAGCUAGCUAUAAUUUGUUAAUGCAUUUACUUAAAUUUUUCGCGUUAAAAACAUACAAAAUUGUUCACUAUCUUUCAAAUAUGGCUGUUUUUUGGAUAGAGACUAAGUUAUAAAUAUGCCAGAUUUAUGCUAGCUUUAUAACAUAGAGCAAAAGUCCUGACGCAUGUGCCGACUGAAAUUGACAAUCACGCGUUGCUAAUUUUAUCCGCCGGUAUUAUCUUUUUAUUAUUUAUCAGUGCAUGUAUGAAAGAACUGUAAACAUACUGAUCUUGGUAACUAAAACUAUAUGCACCGAUUUCCUCCGAAUGUACACAUCUAUCACAGGAGAAUAUUAGAAGAAAGUAUAUUAUACAAUUUAUUAGAGAGUAAUGUUUUUCGCGUGAAAAGCGGUUCUGUCAUAUGUAAUCCCCGUCAUCGCUUGAAGUCGGUCAACGCGUAAUUUCAAGUGUUUCUUCGCUUUCUUAACAGUAUAUUUAUAUCGUAAAAUCAUUACAAUUUUAACUCGUUGAAGUUGGGGGGGGGGGGGUAAAAUACCCCAAAGAAAAGUCAAGAAAGGGCCCAAAUAUUUUCGGGCAAUAUAGACCACAGCUCCUCCAAUAGAUAUAUGAAUCCCGUACGCCUAUGAGUAUACUACUGUACAUUUAUAUUGCACUCAUGUGCAUAGAGAGACAUGGUACGAAAUUAGAAUCUAUAAACAAUCAACUUUAAUACAUGCAUGGUUGGGUAUACAAAAACGUUUUGCCGUAAAAAACGAAUUUCUUUCUUGUUGCUUUGAGCUAUUAGGCUAUAUUAAAACCGACGAAACAUGUAGGCUAGUAAGCGUAUAUAUUAAGUGAAAGUGAAACUUAUUCUCAAACAAAUAAAUGAACCAAGACUGCAUGUCGUAAUCUCUCUGAAAGGGCGAAGCAGUAACUAAAGGGUGUAUAUAUAGAGGCAUCUAACGGCAAGUGAUUUAACGAUCACACGGAGGGGUUAUUAGAGACCUUACGAUUUUAGGACGACAACGCAACGACGACGGCCAAAACAAACUCCCUCAAAUAAAUGGUAGUAUUAAGCCCACUAUUUGUUGUAUAUUAGUUUCUCAUCCGGAGUUUCUCAUCCGGAGCUUCUCCUAAAGUGGAUGCGUGCUGGCGGGACAAUACCAUUAUGCCAUUAUUUGCUGGAUUUCCCCUCCCCAUAAAAUUUAUUUUGGAGAAGUGCGCAUUAAGCAUUUAUAUAGCAACUUUCUGGAAAACAGCACAAAAUCAGUAAGUGCAACUGAAAGCAUGUUUUCAUAAUUUUGUACCCAGAACGUCUGGCGUUUUUCUCCCCUGCCCCUGGCGUCCGGUAGAACUUUUAUAGCUGAGUUUGGAUAUUUAAUAAUAAGUGUGUACGUAAUGCGGGAAAAACUUGCAGUUUGGUUAUGAAAUUUUGUAUUUUAACUAAAACAUUUGGUUUUGGAACGUUUCUAAUUGUCUUUCUUUCAAAUUUCAUUUUGAAGACAUCACAAAAUUUAUAAUAAUGGUCAAAAAUGGCAAUAAUAAUGGCGAACAAGGCCAUUUUCUUAAAAAAGCAUGCGGGCGGGGAUGAGAAACUAAUAUACAGCAAAAUUUAUAGUGGCCUAAAGACAAUUCGUGGUAUAUUAGCAAUCGUAUGAAUUUAAUACAAUCGUAUGAAUUUAAUGGGUUUUAUGUUUGGGAAGAGUUCUGCUGAAGCCAGUUUGAAGUUGCACUUGUUGCGGCUUGAAAUGCAGCCGUUAUAUCAAGACGUGAAAAUCUGUGAUUUGGCGUUGUAAACAAAGCGAGGACAAUGUCUAAAUUUUCAUAUAUUGCAAUUAUUGAAUUCUUUUUAAUUAUUUAUUGUAUUUGUAGCCGUUGCUGUCCUAAAUCGUAAGGUGUCUAUUUAAAAAUCGGGGAACCAUGCAAGGUAUAAAGCAUGGUUAAAACUUUUUCGAGUAUACGGACGUAUCCAUGCACAUGCAUGGUUUACGCUACUCAUACGUUUCUCUCAUACGCAAUAGUGUGACAGGACCUUAACCGAGAUCAGCAUGUAAUUGCAGUUCUUAAAAAACAUGAAAAUAUUAAACAUGUAUAAAAUAUUUGUUUCAUAUUAUAGUGGCAAAAUAAAUCUGCACUAUAUCUAUGAUGAGAAAAAAGUGCUCCUUCAAGGCAUUCGUAUAAAUUGGCACACAUAUAUCCUUUCCCGCACUUUUCUUAUACAUUUUUGUUUAUAUAUACCAUGCAUGUAGUAUUUAAUGAUACCCAUAAACGUAAAAUUUCAAGCAUAUAUAAUUGCUGGCAUAUUUAUAACUUACUCUCUAUCCAAAAAAGAACCAUAUUUGAAACAGUAAACAGUUUUGUAUGUUUUUAACGCGAAAAAUUUAAGUGAAUGCAUUAACAAAUUAUAGCUUAUAAUUAGUCGAAUUAGCGAAAAUUGACUAUAUUCAUGACGCGCUUGUCAAGCGAAAAACAAACUGCCCAAAGAUUUUAUUAUUUAUUCUAGUAGAUGUGUCAUAAUACUCAGAAGCUGCAAUAGAUUGGAUACCUGAUACCGUUGCACUUUUGAGAAAAAAUAAUUUACCGCCAGCAUACUGACACGAAUAUUUAAUCAGCUGUCCGAAAGACGUUUUUUAAAAAUACACAAUAUUUUGUUUGCUUCAAGUGAUCAGGAUAAUUUUUCGUCUAGGUUUAUGCCUAGGCAGGAAAUAAUAAAAUAUGUAAGUUUCAAGAAGUUAGAAUAAAAGCGCGAGAUGAACUGUGAGAUAUAAAAAAGCUCAAAUAUCACUUGCGUAAUUAACGUUUUAACUUGUUUUCGAACGCGUCCGAAAAUAAUUGCGAAAAAAUUUUAAAACUGACUACAAUUUCAAAGUCAACGUUUUUUGUUCAUUUUAUGAAUGACUUCUUCCACACAGAAAGUUUGAAGGAAAUCUGUAAUCUUAAGAAAUUCGAGUGGUCGGUUUUUACACGGACUGCCUCUUAAUAUUGUUAUUCCACGGAAAAUAGAAAAUUAAAAGCUGUUAUGAGCUCAUUUAAAUCCCCCACAAAAUAACAGGAAGAAAAAAGUUAUUCCAAAAUGUGCUGGUCAAUCUUAUCAACUGAAGAAAAUUAAAAAGGGAGAACUACAAAAGAAUCCUUCAUAUCUCUUCGUUAUUGCUCAUCGCAUCCCUCCUCCCACUUCCCAUUACUUAGGCGUUGUUCGUUAAAUACUAAUUAUUUUUGGUUUUGUAUAGCCUGAAGACUUAUUUGUGUGCGACAUAAACGGUGUUGAACUCUGCUGUCCUUCUCCAAAGUAAGAAUUUAUUGUUUAAAAAAUAAAUGAUAAAGAGUGGCGUAGCUAGCAGGACGAUUUAGUCCCGCAAUGCGAAUGUUUUCGUGUUCAUUGUCUGUGAAAACAAUCAAUUUCUAAAGAAAUGAAUAAUGGUAAUAAUUCUGAAUUUGCAUAGCGGGACUAAAUCGUCGGGCUGGCUACGCCACUGAUGAUAAAUAUUUACCAUACAUACAUACACACAUACCAGUGGUGUAGUGGAGGGAGGUCAGGGGUGCUGAGCCCCCCUUGCUAAAAUUUCCAUUCAGUUCGGGGGACUUAGCCCCUUGAGAUUCUUGGCAAGACUGAAAUAGACUUUGAAAAUGCAACACAUUUUUACUAAUUUGAUACGAUUUGGCAUUCUUCUACAAUUAAAAUACCGCUACUGUUCCAGCCAUUUAUUUCUAAUUGCUUUUUAAAAUCACACCAGUAAUGCUAUUUUCCAUAUAUCCAGGAUGGUAGUAUGGCAAACUGAUGAUCCCUGUUGACUGUAUGUAAUUGUAUAUUCAUCAUGUUUAAUAUGAAUAAAAUUAUUACUUGAAAUGCAGAAAAUCGUGUUUAGGAGACCUGAGUAUAAAAAUAUUCUUGUGGUUCAUUGCCUUAAGGCCUCGAUCUUUGUAGAUGAGCUCCCCCCCUUGUUAAAAAAAUUAGGACAACACCACUGACACAUAAACGCAUGACAACCUUCUUAUCAGCCUUAACACAGGAUUCCAUUUCGUGAGUAAAACAUUGCUAGGGCUACUAUGGCAAACAAAUCUAAAUAUUCUACUUUCGCCACACAUGAUUUCUUUCGAGCGACAUUACACCAAGUACUUCGAUCUCCUGUACUGAAUUCUAUACUCGUGACAACAUGUUGAGAAGAUCAGCCAUAGAUGUCAACCUUCGUUAUAGCCUUCAAUUUCAGAUUAAGCAAAAGCCAUUACACGUCUUAAAAAGAACAAAACAAUAGACACUCCGAAAAUAGUUAACAUUUUAUUCAACGUUUCGACUAGGUUUCAAGUCGAAACGUUGAAUAAAAUGUUAACUAUUUUCGGAGUGUCUAUUGUUUUGUUCUUUUUAAAAUUACUCAAUGGCAACCGUAAUUACACGUCUUCCUCUGCAUCUUACCGUUGCUUGUGAUAUUGUUACUAUCGUUACCAGCUCAUGCGAGACGGACGUGCUUUUAGAGCUCUGUUAAAUUGAUUUUAAGAACUUAAUUUCGUGAGACAUACAAUUGAUAUAGCGAUGAAUCAAGACAAUUCUCAAGCUGAUUUGUUCAUUACAACUAGAGGUUCUUUCAAAUGGUUAGGUAGCUUUGAGGAACUUAAAAGGUUUUGUGAUAAAAUCUUGAAGAUCGACUCAAGAUGGCUUGUGCCCAGAGGUGGAUGUAAAUCAUUUGAAAACGAAGAUAUAACGAUCAGAUGGCACUCAACAAAUAAUUCACUGACAAUUAAAGGUCAAGAUGGUGAAUCGCUUCGAAACGAGCUUAAAUUGAUCGCAAAUCCAAUGGACGAAAGUGUUGGGGACACGCAAGAUGACGAGUUGAUUUCUGCCGAAGGCGACGGCGACAGUAUAGCUUCAACUCGAAUUCAUGGGAAGGUAGACGAAGUUGUUCAAUCGGAAGAAAGCCCUCAGAUAACCGCCAAGGACUCUUCUGACAACGUUUACUUUCAAAAUCAGGUAAGCGAAAUUAAAUCAAAUCUAGAUCAGCACAUUGAUAAAACGAGAGCGGAACUUCAACGAAUAGAGGAAUCUCUUGCAGAUCAAUUUGAUCAGCUAAAAGAAUUACAGUUCAACGAAAGGACAAACGAACUUGCCAAAUAUUGCUUGUCCAACUUAGAGACCCAAAACUGUAAGCUCAAACAAGAAAAUAUUCAGCUUAGGAUCGAUAACGACAGUCUUAAAGAUAGACUCAAUUCUGUCUCCUACGUUGUCUCUGACCUAAACACCAAAAUUAAAGAUAUCGAAAGUGAAAAGCUUAGUCUAGUCACUGCUAUAAAGCUAUUACAAGAAGACAACAAUUUAGCAACAAUAAAUAACAGAGAUUCGGCUUGCAGUUCGUGGCAAACUUCAAGGUCUAAAGCACAAAGUAAUGCACAUAAUAUUUCCUCUAAUGAUGGGCAUAAUAUAACCGUACGCAUGACUGAUCAGAAUAAUCAAGCACCAGAGGCAGUGACAAAAACAUCAAAUAAGUUUGAUAUCUUGUCUGUGGAAAGUUGUUCUAAUAAUGAAAGCGACACAAAUGUAGAUGAUAGUACUUUGAAGCUCAACACUGUAUUGCCAUCGGAAUCUGGACUAAAUAGCCCAAACGUCGACUCGAGGAAGUAUGAUAAUGCACAAAAGAAAAAUCAGUCAACCCAAUCUUAUGGUCAGAGCAAAAAGUCUAAUUCAAAGUCCAAUGAUAAUAAUCGUAGUUAUCGUACUGCGAAUUCGAAGAGAGCCGCUACAUCUCAAAAGGGCACUGCAAAUCAACCUAGUAAGCUUGUAUUUAUAGCUGGAGAUUCAAUAGUCCAACAUGUCCACGGCUGGGAGUUAUCUGAUGCUGAACGGCGAGUCGCUAAAAUCAUUUUCAGGAAGCAAAAUCGAAGAUAUGCGCGACUUCCUUUACCACUUAUCCGCAAAAAACCUGAUGAGGUGAAACUACACAUAGGCACCAACGAUGAAAAGAUAAUUCGAAGACAGCAGAAAUGGUUGCAGCUGGUAUCCUGAAUCUGGGUACUCAGGUUAAAGAAUCUUUGCCACGUACCAAA